GCAGUCACAAUGAGGUUUUCCACACUUGCAGCUAUGCUUCCACUUGCUGGGCUUUCCAGUGCAAGUGCCAUUCCCAAGCGACAAGACGAGAGCGUCGCUGCGACCGGGUACAAGAACGUUGCCUACUUUGUCAACUGGGCAAUCUACGGCCGCAACUUCCAGCCGGCCGACCUCCCCGGAAACGAGCUCACCCACGUGCUCUAUGCCUUUGCCAACGUGCGCCCCGACUCUGGAGAGGUCUACCUUACAGACACAUACGCGGAUAUCGAGAAGCACUACCCCACAGAUUCCUGGAACGAUGUCGGCACCAACAUGUACGGUUGCGCUAAGCAGCUCUACCUGUUGAAGAAGAGCAACCGCAAAAUGAAGGUGCUGCUGUCGAUUGGCGGUUGGACCUACUCAUCGAACUUUGCUCAGCCCGCUAGCACGGCCGCGGGACGAUCUAAGUUUGCCAGCUCGGCUGUGGCCAUCUUGAAGGAUCUGGGGUUCGAUGGACUCGAUAUCGACUGGGAAUAUCCUGCAGAUUCCACUCAAGCUGCCAAUAUGGUCUUGCUUCUCCAAGAGACUCGUAGACAACUCGAUGAGUACGCUGCUGCAAACGCCAACGGACAGCACCUCUUGCUCACCGUUGCUUCACCUGCCGGACCCGUCAACUACGAGAAGCUCGAUCUCGCCGGUAUGGACAAGUACCUCGACUUCUGGAACCUCAUGGCCUACGACUACUCUGGCUCUUGGGACACCAACGCCGGCCACGACGCAAACUGGAACCCCUCUUCCUCCAACCCAGCCAGCACUCCCUUCAACACAGCCCAAGUGAUCGCCUACUACACCUCUCACGGCGUCGCUGCCUCCAAGAUCGUUCUCGGCAUGCCGCUCUACGGCCGCUCGUUCACGGCCACCGACGGCCCCGGCAAGCCCUUCUCGGGCGUCGGCCAGGGCUCCUGGGAAGCUGGCGUCUACGACUACAAAGCGCUCCCCCAGAGCGGCGCUCAGGUCACCGAGGACUCCAGCCUGGUCGCUAGCUGGAGCUACAAUGCUGGCUCGCGCACCUUCAUCAGCUACGACACGCCCAACAUCAUCCGCCAGAAGACGGAGCUCAUCAAGAGCAAGGGUCUCGGUGGCGGCAUGUGGUGGGAGAGCAGUGGUGACAAGGACGGAAGCGAUAGUUUGAUCACGACUUAUGUCAACGCUGUCGGCGGUGUUUCCGCUCUUGAUGGAUCAAACAACCUCCUCAGCUACCCUGUCUCCAAGUACGACAACCUCAAAGCAAACAUGCCCUAG